UCCUUCCCUCCCUCCCUGCUCCGCGCCUGCACGCACGGCCCCCGCCGCCGCCGCCGCGAGGGGAGAGGCGGCCGCCCAGCACUGGUUCCCGGCGCCCUGCUCGCCGCCGCCGCUGCUCGCGCAGGCACUGCUGCCGGCCCUCACCCCGCCGAGCGCACCCACCCGGGCAGACGCACCCGGCCGCCGGGCGCAGUCCCGCGCACAACCCCCGCGACUCCGCUGGGCGCCGGAGCCGGGCAGAUGCGCCGCCGCGAGCCCCUCGCCCCGGGCCCGCCACCGCGCUCGCCACCGCGCUCCGCCGCGCGCCAGGGGCUACACUCCCGGGCCCCCCUGGGUGCCCUCCGGCUUCGGUUCCCGCCCGCUCCUUGGAAUAACCCCUGAGGCUUCAGCCUUCGCCGCAAAGUUUCCCGAGGAGACCCGCCUCCCCGGCCGCUGCGCAGGUGAGGAGGCGGGGAGUGGGUGAGAAGGACUCCUGUUCCACAGACAAGACCAGGAAGGGAAAGCAGGAACAACGUGCCCCCCCCCACCACCGCCCACCGCCCACUUCCUCGGCGAGAAAACUUCCCUGCGAACAGGAGCAGCCAAGCAGGACUGAGCUCCUCACCUCCCAAGCAUCUUUGCAAAGAGGGGCCCGUGGGGCCUGGCAGCUGGCGGUGCGCGUCCACGGCUCAGCCCGCUGCGGGCGAUGGACCCCUGCUCCCCGGGGACACAGCCUGAGUGGCGGGAGCACCAGGUCCCUGGAGAGUGGCGCCCUCUCUGCUCCAUCACGCAAGGGCGCUCCCUGCUCCGGGCCCCUGCUGCCCAGUGACGUGAAGGGCUUUUAACAAAAGAAGCAACUUGGUGGAGAAGGAGGGGCAGGAGCCACGCGGAAGCCCGUCGGAGGAGGUGGCAGCCGACAGACGGGAGAGCAGACGUUGAGAGAGGACAGUGACGGGCCGCCCGCCCGGGAUGGGCGCCAGGCCGUAGGGCAUGCCCGGGGCGCAGGGGCCCAGAGCACCCUCAGGCUGUGCUCGGGAGUCCGGGGGCCUCCGGGGCCACCUCUGCAGACGCUCACGCGUGCCCCGCGCUCCACGGGGGAGAGGCCGGCGGCGCCCGCGGCCUGAGACGGCGUGGAGCAUGCCACUCCGGACCCGCAGCCACGGGUGACUUCCGGCCCCGCAGAGCCGAGCACAGGGCCUCCUCCCUGCGCCCCGGGGUGCCCCCAGCAAGACCCCACACCCCAGGUCUGCGGCCUGCGCCCCCAGUGCCGGGGCCGUGGGCCGGAAUGUGAGCGUGGCCCAGGCCCCCCCACCGGACCCGAGCGCAGCAUCCGGAUCAGCGAUCCCGCCUGACCCAGCAGGCUCCCGGGCAGCAGCGCAGGAGGUGCCGAGGCCCCGAGUCCGGUGAGGCCCCCGCUCCCCCCGCCGUCCACCAUGGUGGUGGCGCACCCCGCCUCCGCCGCCACCACUACCACGACUGCCGCCACCGUCACGGCCACCGUCGUGAUGACCUCGGCCACCAUGGACCUGCGGGACUGGCUCUUCCUCUGCUACGGGCUCAUCGCCUUCCUGACCGAGGUCAUCGACAGCACCACCUGCCCCUCGGUGUGCCGCUGCGACAACGGCUUCAUCUACUGCAACGACCGGGGGCUCGCCUCCAUCCCCGCCGACAUCCCCGACGACGCCACCACCCUCUACCUGCAGAACAACCGGAUCAGCAACGCCGGCAUCCCCCAGGACCUCAAGACCAAGGUGAACGUGCAGGUCAUCUACCUGUACGAGAACGACCUGGACGAGUUCCCCGUCAACCUGCCCCGCUCCCUGCGGGAGCUGCAUCUGCAGGACAACAACGUGCGGGCCAUCGCCCGGGACUCGCUGUCCCGCCUGCCGCUGCUGGAGAAGCUGCACCUGGACGACAACUCCGUGUCCACCGUCAGCAUCGAGGAGGAUGCCUUUGCCGACAGCAGGCAGCUCAAGCUGCUCUUCCUGAGCCGCAACCACCUGAGCAGCAUCCCCUCGGGGCUGCCCCGCACGCUGGAGGAGCUGCGGCUGGACGACAACCGCAUCUCCACCAUCCCGCUGCACGCCUUCAAGGGCCUCGACAGCCUCCGGCGCCUGGUGCUGGACGGCAACCUGCUGGCCAACCAGCGCAUCGCCGACGACACCUUCAGCCGCCUGCAGAACCUCACCGAGCUCUCGCUGGUGCGCAACUCGCUGGCCGCCCCGCCGCUCAACCUGCCCAGCGCCCACCUGCAGAAGCUCUACCUGCAGGACAACGCCAUCAGCCACAUCCCCUACGGCACGCUGGCCAAGAUGCACGCGCUGGAGCGCCUGGACCUGUCCAACAACAACCUCACCACCCUGCCGCGCGGCCUGUUUGACGGCCUGCAGAGCCUGGCCCAGCUGCUGCUCCGCAACAACCCCUGGUUCUGCGGCUGCAGCCUCAUGUGGCUGCGGGACUGGGUGAAGGCGCGGGCGGCUGUGGUCAACGUGCGCGGCCUCAUGUGCCAGGGCCCGGAGAAGGUCCGGGGCAUGGCCAUCAAGGACAUCACCAACGAGAUGGACGAGUGCUUCGAGGCGGGGCCGCAGGGAGGCGUGGCCAACGCUGCCGCCAAGACCACGCCCAGCAGCCACGCCCCGGCCACCACGCCCCAGGGUUCACUCUUCACCCUCAAGGCCAAGAGGCCGAGGCUGCGCCUCCCGGACUCCAGCCUGGACUACCCCAUGGCCACGGGCGAUGGCGCCAAGACCCUGGUCAUCCACGUGAAGCCCCUGACGGCGGACUCCAUCCACAUCACGUGGAAGGCGGCACUCCCCGCCUCUUCCUUCCGGCUCAGCUGGCUGCGCCUGGGCCACAGCCCGGCGGUCGGCUCCAUCACGGAGACCCUGGUGCAGGGGGACAAGACCGAGUACCUGCUGACGGCCCUGGAGCCCAAGUCCACCUACAUCAUCUGCAUGGUCACCAUGGAGACCGGCAACACCUACGUGGCGGAUGAGACGCCCGUGUGCGCCAAGGCGGAGACCGCCGACAGCUACGGCCCCACCACCACGCUCAACCAGGAGCAGAACGCCCACCCCAUGGCCGGCCUGCCCCUGGCGGCCAUCAUCGGGGGCGCCGUGGCCCUCGUCUUUCUCUUCCUGGUCCUGGGGGCCAUCUGCUGGUACGUGAACCGUGCCAGCGAGCUCCUGAGCCGGGAGCGGGUCUACAGCCGGGGCAGCCAGAAGAAGGGCAAGUAUAUGGAGUCGGGGACCAAGAAGGAUAACUCCAUCCUGGAAAUCCGCGGCCCGGGGCUGCAGAUGCUGCCCAUCAACCCUUACCGCGCUAAGGAGGAGUACGUGGUCCACACCAUCUUCCCCUCCAACGGCAGCAGCCUCUGCAAGGGCGCGCACACCAUCGGCUACGGCACCACGCGGGGCUACCGCGACGCCGGCAUCCCCGACAUGGACUAUUCCUACACAUGAUGCCCGGCCCGGCAGGCCCGCCCCGCGCCCGCCUCCCCCUGGCCUGCGGCCCCGCGCUCUGCCCAGCCCGCCGCCGUCCGGCAGAGCAAGGGAAAGAAACUCCACGAUGACUUCCCCCAGCGAAUAGCAACGUUUGGGGAAGGCUAUCAAUUUUCUAGAACACAACAGUGGGGAAAAAAUUUUUUUUAAAGGAUAGAAGGCAAGAGAAGGGUUUGAUGUUGCUGAAGACAUAAUUUAUUCCGAAUUAUGCCAGCUGGGGAGGGAAGGACU